CCCCAGGUGCCGACCACUCUUCAGGUCAUCGUCGUCGUCCAGCUGCAGCCUCGUCUAACCUCCAGCCAUCAGUGUCCCAGUCCAACUCAACACCCGGCUUUUCUCAGAUGCUCCGCAGGCGACGUUCAGCAGGCACCCUUGCUGCCACCAACACUUCCCAGAUCCCUGCCGUCGCGGUCGCGCGCACCGUCACUGGUCCCGCCGCUUCAGGCUCGUCCUCCGCAUUGCACGCCGGCACAGGGCCGAGUCACCGCAUUCGCCUCGUUCCUCAUCUCGAUUCGCGCCGGUCGCUCCGUUUCGACCCCAUAUCGCGCGAUGUCAGGGAGGGCGACCCCCCUCUGCGCAUAGGGCGUUUUACAGACCGUUCGGGGAUAGGGAUUGCUGCGGCAAACGCAACGUCGCAGAAUAAGCUCGCCUUCAAGAGCAAGGUUGUUUCGCGGGCGCACGCGGAGAUCUGGUGUGAAACUGGGGGCAAAUUCUUCAUUCGGGACACCAAGUCGAGCAGUGGCACGUUCCUGAACCACGUCCGUCUCUCGCCAGCGAACAACGAGUCCCGGCCGCAUGAGCUCAAGGAUGGCGAUCUGCUGCAGCUUGGGGUGGAUUAUCAAGGCGGGACCGAGGACAUCUACAAAUGCGUGAAGAUCAAGAUCGAGGUGGGCAGAGAGUGGCAGAAUCACAGCAAUCCAUUCAACGCAAAUGCGCUAAAGCAGCUCAAAUCGAUCGCAAUCCCUCAAGCCCCUGCGACAAACACCGGCAAAAAGGUUGCCGUUAAAUCUACUCUCCCUGAUUGCUGCAUAUGCUUGUUUAGUGUCACGAUCCAUCAAGCGCUCUUCAUUGCUCCGUGCUCACACGCGUUCCACUACAAGUGCAUCCGACCUCUCCUCGAGGCGCACCAUCCUGCCUUCUCCUGCCCCCUUUGCCGGACAUUUGCCGAUCUUGAGGAAGACGUUGAGGUAGAAAUAGAUCCCGAGCUAGACUCCAAGUCGAUGGUCGACGGCGCAGCAUCGAUCGUUGGUAUCGCAGUCACUGCCGUUGGCGACCGGCCCAACACAGGAGACGGCAGCAGCCGGGAGCGAGAACGGGACCGAGAUGUAGGUGCGGAGACGGAAGUGGAGCUUGAUACUGGUGCCAGCCGCCUUGGGUCAUCGCUUCGCGCUCGUCGCGCAGCGCCCGCUAUGCCUAAUGGUGGUCACUUGCGGGGAGACGACAUGGCCGAGGACGUGGACGCGGAGAUGGAAGACGUGAUAGCGCUACCACCACUACCCGAGAGCCAAUCCGUGCUGGCAGUGGAGCAAAUCUACGGGGAUGGCGAUCGCAUGGACGUAAGGGAGAACUCGGGUUCGCCCGUACCCGGGCCUGCUCGCGCGAGCCCUGGCGGAUCUUCGGAGGGCGACGCGGAAGGAGAAAGUGGGGCGAGCGAUGGUAGCGGGGUUGUGGGCGACACCGGUGUGCACGGCAAGCGCAAGCGGUGACGGCAACGCAGUCCCAACCACAUUCUAUCCUUCUAGCUCCCCCCUCCUUCCUGCCGACUCUCUGCGAAUCCGUGUGCUCAUGGCACUUCGCCUCUACACUGACGGACAACGGACAUGACACACGCGCCCCCGCUUUUUUCCAUCUUGCACUCAUGCACGCCGAGUUACGCCACGAUUUGUCUUCUCUCCUCUCUUGCACGCUCCUUACGCCUCCCAUGCGGUAUGAUGUGUGGUAUGGCUACAUCAUGUGUAUAUUCCCCUGUACUGGCUCGCCUUUAGACUAGCUGUGCUCUUUCUUUUUUUCGUUUUUGCACGGUAUGGAUAUCUGCAGCGCAUGUUUUCCUUAUACUGAGCGCAUGAACUAUGGUACAAUACCUUUAUUGUAUGAAUAUAAUAUCUCCUGGUACAUCAU